AGAGGAUAAGUUUGUGUUUUAAGUGAUAAGAUUCAUGCUUCAUAGUAGUCAUAUCAGCAAAGAGAACUUAGUAGCUAAGCCAAAAAAUUAAUGGCGUCCAAGGAAGAGGUACCAGCAGAGGCCGGCCAGGCCGAACCGGAGAAGUGCAGUUCUGGGAAACUGAUCUUCAUAGAUUUGUACCUUAGGAUUAUAUUGUUUGCAGCGUCGUUGACAGCCAUGGUUGUCAUGGUUACUAGCAAUCAGACCAAGCAUGUCAUGACACCCUCGUCCUCCUUCCCUGUCCCAGUGAAAGCCAAAUUCAAUUACUCCCCAGCCUACAUAUACUUUGUAGCGGCGCUUUCAUUAUCCACCUUAUAUAGUAUCAUCACAGGAAUUGGGUCGUCAUGGGUGCUUGUAAAGCCUUGCAGCUCAAAGGAGCUCCUCAAGUUCUAUUUGCUCUUAAUUGCCUAUGAUGUGGUGAUGCUUGGGAUUGUGGCUGCAGCCACUGGGACAGCAGGUGGUGUUGCAUAUAUAGGGUUGAAAGGGAAUUCUCAUGUGAAAUGGAACAAGAUAUGUAAUGUUUAUGGCAAGUACUGUCGCCACAUAGGGGCUUCAGUUGUAAUCUCCCUCUUCGCUUCCUUUCUUCUUGUCUCACUUGUUAUCCUCUCAGCUUACUCGGUUUACAGUCUCGCUCACAAAGUUGUGAUUUAGGACCUGUUUGUUGUUUGUGUUCCAAGUGUGUAAAGUUUUAGAGCUUUAUUAAUUCCAUCUGGUCAUGUAUAUUUGUAGCGUAUCUGUUUAUUAUAACUAUUGUUUUGUAUUUA